AUGCGUGGACCAACCGUCCAAGAAGAACUAUUUUCCAUUCUGGCACGAUUUCGAAUGCACCAAUAUGUCAUCACCUCUGAUGUAGAGAAAAUGUUCAGGCAGAUAUCCGUGGAUCCCGAAGAUCAGGAUCUUCAGUGUAUUUUGUGGCGUGAAAAACCGAGUGACAGUCUGCGAACAUUUAAACUAACCACUGUAACUUAUGGGACCACCUCAGCGUCAUUCAUGGCGACGCAAUGUCUCGUGUCCCUAGCUGAGAUAGAGAAAAACAGAUACCCCGAAGCUGCAUCUGCCAUCCGUCGUGACUUCUACAUGGAUGAUCUCAUGACGGGAGCAGAAACGAUAGCAGGAUGUAUUCAACUACAAACACAGAUUAACAACAUUCUAAGCUCAGCCAGAUUGCCACUCAGAAAGUGGUGUUCCAACUCAGAUGAGAUCCUUACUGAUGUGGUCAAGGAGCAAAGGCAGCUUUUGUUUGUGAUCCGUGCGGAGGCAGAAGAUGUCGUCAAGUCGCUUGGAUUAUGCUGGAAGCCAGUUCAAGAUGAGUUCAUAUUCCAACUAGCGUCCAUACCCAAAAGAGCUAAAGUUACAAAGAGGAUGUUGCUGUCUGAUCUUAAUAAAAUAUUUGAUCCACUUGGCUUUUUGACUCCUGUGCUUAUCACGGGAAAAAUAUUUCUGCAGCGGCUUUGGCAGAUUAAGGUUGAAUGGGAUAGUCCCUUACCCAUAGAGAUACAGACAAAAUGGGAAUUAUUCCAUCAGCAACUCGAAGAACUAGGGUCAUUGUCGAUUGCUAGAAAGUGCAAGCCCUGUGUAAGUGAGCAAAUUGAACUACAUGGUUUUUGUGAUGCCUCACAAGAAGCAUAUGGAGCGUGCAUAUACGUGAGAACGAAGGGCAUAGACGAGGAUGGACAAGUUUAUAGCAGAUUGCUGUGUUCAAAGUCACGAGUAGCACCACUUAAAGGGUUGACGAUUCCAAGACUUGAGUUAUGUGGAGCCCUAGUUCUAGCUCAGCUUGCUAUUAAGGUGGCGUCGGCGUGGGAUAUUGACGUUAAGUGCUUCCACCUUUGGACCGAUUCUACUGUGGUGUUAGGAUGGCUCAAUAGCCACGUCACCAGACUAAAAACGUUUGUAGCAAAUCGCGUCGAGCAAAUAUUAGAGAUAACUGAUCCGAAGCAAUGGAGGUAUGUCAAGACUGAAGAGAAUCCUGCUGAUUUAGUCUCAAGAGGAGUUAAACCACACGAGCUAGAUGUUUGCAGCAAGUGGUGGAAUGGGCCAGUGUGGUUGUCCCAGGCAAGGGACAAAUGGAACGUUGUUGAUACUCCCACACAAGACAUUUCAGAACUCCCAGAACAGCGUCCUAACCAGCUAACGUUACUGGCAGUAAACCCGCUAAAGGAUAUUACGACCAAAUACUCCACGUGGAGUCGUCUUCUACGUGCAGUUGCAUGGAUUCUGCGAUUCGUUAAGUACGUCACAUCCAAAUGUCAAGCACAACAAACGAGUUACUUAUCAGUUCGAGAUCUCAGAGAUGCUGAAAAUUUCUUAAUACGAAGAGCGCAAGCAGAAGAGUUUGGAGAGGAGAUCAAAGCAUUAAACGAUCAGAAGGAGAUACCACACAGCAGUAAGUUACAGGCUUUAAACCCAGUAAUAAGAAACGAGUUAUUAGUAGUAGGUGGUCGUUUAACCAAUGCCGACAUUUCAGAAGAGCAAAAAAGGCCAAUUGUGCUACCCGCAGAUCAUACAAUUACACAACUUAUUUUCAAGGAUCGACAUCGGAAUCUGCUACAUGUUGGCCCGCAAGCACUCUUAGCUGAUAUAAGGCGCCGUUACUGGCCUCUGCGUGGGCGAAUGAUUGCAAGAUCCGUUGUAAAACAAUGUGUAACAUGUAUUCGAGCUAAGCCAUCAUUUCAAUAUCCCUUAAUGGCUCCAUUGCCCAAGGAUAGAGUUAUCUGUAGUCGACCAUUCACAACUACUGGGGUAGACUUCGCAGGGCCGUUAACCAUUCGUAGUGGGAUUCGAGGACGUCCGGGUAAAAAGGCAUGGGUGGCUAUGUUCAUCUGCUUCGCAACCAAGGCAAUUCAUAUUGAAGUGGUAGAGGAAUUAACUAAAAAUGCCUUCAUAGCUGCGCUUAGGAGGUUUAGUGCAAGGAGAGGUAAACCUGCCACAAUUUGGAGUGAUAAUGGUACGAACUUUGUUGGAGCGCAAAGGGAGCUAACAGCAUAUACGAAGAACAUUGAAGCGGAACUAGCCAAUGAAGGGAUCAGCUGGCGUUUUAACCCACCAGCUAGUCCACAUUUUGGAGGAUUGUGGGAAGCUUCGGUAAAAAGUGCUAAACAUCAUUUGAAUAGGGUUAUGAAGCAGGCAUGUUUAACGUUAAGUGAGCUUCAGACAUUACUGUGCCAAAUAGAAGCCUGUCUCAACUCGCGUCCGUUAACGCCAUUAAGUAGUGAUCCGAACGAUCUUGAACCUCUGACACCGGCCCACUUCCUCAUAGGGGGACCCAUAACUCUACCCCCUGAGCCAGAUGUGCCGGAAGAUAAUAUGGUUGGGUUACGUAGAUGGAAGUUGGUCCAAGGGAUAUUACAAACAUUUUGGAACAGAUGGCGGAAUGAGUAUCUUCCCCAACUUCAAAUUAGAGGAAAGUGGAGAACCAGAAGAGAGGCAUUAAAGGUUACCGAUAUAGUGAUUGUAAAAGAAGAUAAUUUGGCUCCCACCAAGUGGAAAAUAGCACGUGUAACAAACCUACACCCAGAAGAGGACGGUCAUGUAAGAGUCGUUACCAUACGUACAUCAAGCGGUACAGAGAUGAGGCGUCCAGUAGUUAAAUCAUGUCAUUUGCCAGUACUCGAAGGAGAGCAAACAGUUGGAAAUUAA